GAUGGCGCUUAGUUUUUAUUUCAUUUUUUCUUCUUCACUCACGCCGAUUUAGCUUCGGCUUAAGUGCUUAAAUAGAUGCAUGAUAGGAAGGCUAGGCUGACAUUCAGUGACUUUCUAUGAGGUUAUAUAUAGUCUCGAGUGUUCAGGUUUUUUCUCCAUGGAUAACGCUAACCUUUUAUUUCGCGCUGUUUUAGGUUGGUCUCAAGUGAUUAAUCUUUAAUAGUGGAAGUACCGCGAUCGAGCCAGUGAUGACUAUGAUCGUUGUGGCCAAAAUAUCCCGUUUUGGGCAGUCCGGAACAGGGGGUGGCAACUGUUAAGGAUGGAAACGUGGAAGCUGAAGGAAUCAGAAGGGAUGUCCGCUGUGUGUAAGGGGAGUCUAGAAGCAAGAUUGAUUAACAUGGAACCACAACAGUUGAAAUGGCAGAAGAUUUCAGCUGAAGAUCUGGACCUCGACUACACAGUGUUAUUACCUCGAUCUGUUGCCAGCCAGCUGCUCAAGCAUCUGGAAUCAGAGCUGGAGUAUUUUAAUGGUGAUCUGGCUAGGGUACAUGUGUAUGGCAAGUGGCAUGCCAUUCCACGUCAGCAGGUUGCUUUUGGGGACUCUGGUCUGAGCUACAAGUUCUCUGGAAACACUGUACCAGCCAUGGCAUGGCCUUCUUCCUUACUUCAUGUGAGGGACAUGCUUACCCAGGUGACUGGUUACUACUUCAAUUUUGUACUUGUUAACAGGUAUCGAGAUGGUAAGGAUUAUAUUGCUGAACACAGAGACGAUGAGAGAGAACUUGAUCCAGCAGUGCCCAUAGCAUCUCUGUCACUUGGACAAGCUAGGGAUUUUGUGUUCAAGCAUCGUGAUGCAAGGAAGCGUGGACCACAAAAGAAGGAGAUUUUACCAGAAUUGUGGUUUUUUCCCCCCUCUCUUCUGUUUGCAGUGAAGUUACUGUUGGCACAUGGGAGCCUCCUGUUGAUGAAUCCACCAACAAAUAAACUGUGGUUUCAUUCGCUGCCACGAAGAAAGAACUGUCCUGGUGUUAGGAUCAAUCUCACAUUUCGGAAGGUGUUGAGAAACCCAGAGAAGUAAAAUGCUGCAGUAGUAGUCAGAUUGUAUAAGUUACAGGCAACAUCUGUGAUAUUAGGAUAAACUGUUUACAAAUCUGGAAGAAUAGGCACUUGAAGUUGUACAGAAUGGGGUAAUAAUAAAUGAGCUGAAAACUAGAAACAUAAAACAGUGAAAUAGUCAUAAACUUUGUAAACAAUGACCUACUCUGUGGUAGUAGGUAAUACUGUAUAAAGUUAUGGUGAAAUGAAUGGUGAAAUAAGAAUUGAAAACAAAUUAGGGAAAAGUUUAAGGUGAGCCUUUAGAAGCUAAAUUAAGAAAACCUGUAUAGUACAAAUGGGAAAAGUGAGAACCUGUUGAUUAAGGUGACAUCUUUGUUAGCUUAUACAGUAAUUUUUGCUAUUUUUAGACAGGAUUUAUAUUCUCACCUAUAAAAUUUAUGUAAUUAGCAGUAAUGGUAUCUGAUAUAGCCUUUUCAAUUCAAGUCUUUAGUGAUUCCCUUGAACUUGCCUUUGAUGUGAUCCACGAAUAUAUGGACUUGUAAAAUAAAAGUGAAUUUUAUUGUAACAUUUAUGAACUAAGAUAUGUGUUAUUUUACACUUGUACUUCAGUAGUCCAUAUACUACACACUAUAGGAACUAACGUGUAACUUGUGCAUACAUUUUACCAUAAUGGAGAGACUUGUAAGUGAUUAAUAUUAGUGAAUAAAAAUAAAGUAUUUGUGGUUU